UCGUCACCACCAUGUCGAGGUAUAGCAUUACCGAACUGAUGGCCCUACAAGACACUGCCUCUAUUGAUAUAGGCCAAUUUACUAUAUAUGCGCUUGAGAAUAACUUACUACGCCGCCAAAAGAGCCAAAAGACCGGAUCGACUACCGAGCAUGAACCAAAUUCGUCUGGAUCUCGACGUGCUGAUCGCUCGACGACGACGACAGGCUCGGACGGAUCGUUCCAAAAGUUAUCUUCACGUCCGCAUAGUGAGACGCACGACAAAGAUUCGGACGACAGUUCUGGCUUUGUCAACUUUCUGAAACGACACACUUCGCCAAAACACCAGCGAGUCACACCAGGAGGCAAGGUUGUCCAGAUUGAUGGCAAGGUCCCUGCUCCAGAGUUUAAGCCCCCCGCCAUGAAGAAGAGCGAGGACUGUCCACCAAAGACCGGAAGGAACACAACGAAGCCUGUCACAUCCCUGAAAGCCAGCAUGGAGAAGAAAACCGGUCAAAACAGCGGCGAGUCAUCGAACUCCAACAGUGUAAGGUUCGACACGUCAGCCGAACAUGAAAAACCAGUCAGGGGAUCUGCAGCUAUUCGCACAGCUACGGGCAGUGAGGAAUUCAAUCCCCAAGUUGGUGGCUUCUAUCCAACAUUCCAAUCGUUGCAACAACUGCAAGUUCCAUUAAUGGCAUCUAACAUCUACCAACAACAACAACCAGUAUCGUGGAGCCAGGGAUUUGGGCCCAUAUUCCAGGUCAUGCAGACUGGCCAAGACGCUCUUCCAAUGGCAGGAGGAUACCUCAAUUAUCAGCCGUUCCUGUUGCCUGAUCCAGGAGCAUGGUAUCAAGCUGUUCCUCAGUCAUUCAUCAAUCAGGGCACUUUCCUUCAGGGUUUGUCGCAGCAACAGACCGCUCCUCUACUGGCAACCCUUUUGCCAACGGUAGGGAACCAGGGUACGAUAGUCCCUACGAUCAGCCUGCCUGACCCCCAAAUGACUGCGCCGGCUACAUAUACCUUGCUAGGCCCUAACACCUUGACAAGCCAAUUGGCUCCGGCGGCAACACCAUACUCAGGGCCACUUCCGACGUACGUGGCUGAUCAAAACGCGCACAGAUCUCUCCAGGACUCGGUCAAAGAAUAUCAGAAUCUGUCGACACAGCUAGCGAACCUUGAUCGGUACAUGGCUAUUCAUGUUUUCGAGAUGGAUGCAGAGACAAAGCAGAGUUUAGUUGAGCAGAGACGAAAUCUUGUGAAGGACCUGGACAUGGCAAGGCGAUACAAGGAACAUCUUGAGUCUAACUUCAAGAUUCCCUCCACCGUCAUUGAGUCAACAACCCCGGCGCCCGCAUUUUAG